AUGAAACACAACAACAGCAGCAACACCACCAGUACCACCACGACCGCCACUUCAAUGGAAGCGGCAGCCACAUCGUCUACCUGCUCCUCAUCCUCAUCAUCCGCCCCUUCACCUUCUCCCUCCGACCAAUCAUCUCUGGCAACCUCAUCAUCGACAAUAACAACAGCAUCAACGACAACAUCAACCACCACAACAAUCGACGAUAUCACCGUGGGGACUACGCGAGACGGAACGAACGGAGCGGCAGCAGAAAGCGUUACAAUCGAUCGGCGAGGGGAGUAUUCCGCAAUCUGCAAAUGGACGGUACUUAAUUUUCCACGUGUCAAAGCUAGGGCAUUAUGGAGUAAAUAUUUUGAGGUAGGCGGUUUCGAUUGCCGUUUAUUAAUUUACCCUAAAGGUGACUCUCAAGCUUUGCCUGGGUACAUCUCAAUCUAUCUUCAAAUCAUGGACCCGCGCGGCACAUCAUCGUCAAAAUGGGAUUGUUUUGCUAGCUACCGUUUAUCAAUUGUUAAUCCACUUGAUGAUUCCAAAACUAUACACCGUGAUUCAUGGCAUCGGUUUUCCAGUAAGAAAAAAUCACACGGUUGGUGUGAUUUUACCCCGGCUUCUACCGUUUUCGAUUCCAAAUUAGGUUAUUUGUUUAAUAAUGAUUGCGUCUUAAUCACCGCCGAUAUUUUGAUUUUAAAUGAAUCUUUUAGUUUCAUGCGCGAUAACAGUAGUAACAGUAGUAAUAAUGAGGUGCAAUCAGGGGUUUCGUUAUCGAUUUCGUCCAAUUCGGUAGUUGUGGGACCGGUAUCGGAUGUGUCAAGUGGGAAAUUUACAUGGAAAGUGCAUAAUUUUAGUUUGUUUAAGGAAAUGAUUAAGACACAGAAGAUAAUGAGUCCGGUGUUUCCGGCUGGGGAAUGUAAUUUGAGGAUUAGUGUUUAUCAGAGUUCGGUUAAUGGUACGGAUUAUUUGUCUAUGUGUUUGGAGAGUAAGGAUACGGAGAAGACAGUUGUUUCAGAUAGGAGUUGUUGGUGUUUGUUUAGAAUGUCAGUCUUGAAUCAGAAGGCUGGGGGGAGUAAUCAUGUGCAUAGGGAUUCGUAUGGACGGUUUGCAGCAGAUAAUAAGAGUGGGGAUAAUACAAGUUUGGGAUGGAAUGAUUAUAUGAAGAUGGCUGAUUUUAUUGGGGCUGAGUCAGGGUUUUUGGUUGAUGAUACUGCGGUGUUUAGUACUUCAUUUCAUGUGAUUAAGGAGUUCAGUAGCUUUUCAAAGAAUGGGGGGUCAAUUGGAGGGAGGAUUGGGAGUGGAGCGAGGAAGUCUGAUGGGCAUAUGGGGAAAUUCACUUGGAGGAUUGAGAAUUUUACGAGGUUGAAGGAUCUUUUAAAGAAGAGGAAGAUUACUGGUCUUUGCAUCAAGAGCAGGAGGUUUCAGAUUGGGAACCGGGAUUGCCGACUCAUUGUUUAUCCUCGAGGGCAGUCUCAACCACCAUGCCACCUUUCAGUGUUUCUUGAAGUAACAGAUUCGCGAAGUACUUCUAGCGACUGGAGUUGUUUUGUGAGCCAUCGAUUGUCAGUUGUCAACCAGAGGAUGGAGGAGAAGUCUGUAACAAAGGAAUCUCAAAAUCGCUAUUCCAAAGCUGCAAAGGAUUGGGGCUGGCGUGAAUUUGUGACACUUACAAGCCUGUUUGAUCAGGAUUCUGGGUUUCUUGUUCAAGAUACCGUUGUAUUCUCUGCAGAGGUUCUCAUUUUGAAAGAAACAUCCAUAAUGCAAGAUUUUACUGAUCAGGAUACCGAGUCAACCUAUGGUGCUUCCCAGAUUGAUAAGAUUGGGAAACGAAGUUCAUUUACAUGGAAGGUGGAGAACUUCUUGUCCUUCAAAGAAAUAAUGGAAACUCGAAAAAUAUUUAGCAAGUUCUUCCAAGCUGGUGGUUGUGAGCUUCGGAUUGGUGUGUAUGAGUCCUUUGAUACCAUAUGCAUAUAUUUAGAGAGUGAUCAGUCAGUUGGUAGUGAUCCAGAUAAAAACUUUUGGGUCAGAUACAGGAUGGCUGUCGUGAAUCAAAAAAAUCCAGCCAAGACUGUGUGGAAGGAGUCAUCUAUUUGUACAAAGACAUGGAAUAAUUCUGUCCUGCAAUUCAUGAAGGUGUCAGAUAUGUUGGAAACAGAUGCAGGGUUUCUUGUACGUGACACUGUUGUUUUUGUCUGUGAAAUAUUAGAUUGCUGCCCGUGGUUCGAGUUUUCAGAUUUGGAGGUUUUGGCAUCUGAGGAUGAUCAGGAUGCUUUAACAACUGAUCCUGAUGAACUCAUUGAUUCUGAAGAUAGUGAAGGAAUUAGUGGAGAUGAAGAAGAUAUCUUUAGAAACCUUCUUUCCAGAGCUGGGUUUCACCUCACAUACGGAGAUAAUCCUUCGCAGCCACAGGUUACCUUAAGAGAAAAGCUUCUAAUGGAUGCCGGUGCAAUUGCUGGUUUUCUGACUGGACUGCGUGUUUAUCUUGAUGACCCUGCUAAAGUAAAGAGGCUGCUUCUUCCAACCAAGCUUUCUGGUAGCAAUGAUGGAAAGAAGGCCACAAAGGCUGAUGAAUCUUCCCCCAGCUUGAUGAAUUUGUUGAUGGGAGUUAAAGUUUUGCAGCAGGCAAUUAUAGAUUUACUUUUGGAUAUAAUGGUUGAAUGUUGCCAACCUUCGGAAGGAAGUUCAAAUGAUGAUUCCUCCGAUGCACGCUCAAAGCCUUCUCUUGAUGGCAGUGGUGCUGCCAGCCCAUUGGAAUCUGACAGGGAAAGUGGAGCAACAGAAUCUGCUCAAUUUCCUGUCCAUGAAAGAUUGGAUUCUGGUGUUGAUUAUUCUACAAGAGCAUCUGCUGUACAGAGCUCUGACAUCAACGGGACUGAUAUGCCUGGACAAGCUUUUCCAGGACAGCCUAUUUAUCCACCAGUAACAACGGCGGGAGGUGCUUCAGAAAAUGCUUCUCUUCACUCUAAGACCAAGUGGCCGGAACAAUCUGAGGAGCUCUUGGGACUGAUUGUUAACUCACUGAGAGCCCUAGAUGGAGCUGUUCCACAAGGUUGCCCAGAGCCAAGAAGAAGACCUCAGUCUGCACAAAAGAUAGCUCUUGUAUUGGAUAAAGCUCCUAAGCAUCUGCAGCCAGACCUGGUUUCUCUGGUACCCAAAUUGGUUGAGCAUGCAGAGCAUUCAUUGGCGGCUUAUGCACUUCUUGAAAGACUUCAAAAGCCUGAUGCAGAACCUGCACUGCGGAUACCUGUUUUUGGCGCUCUUAGUCAACUGGAGUGUGGCAGUGAUGUGUGGGAGCGUGUUCUAAUUCAGUCUUUUGAGCUUUUGGCUGACUCAAAUGAUGAACCUCUUGCUGCUACCAUAGAUUUUAUAUUCAAGGCCGCAUCCCAGUGCCAACAUCUUCCUGAAGCAGUCAGGUCUGUUCGCACGAGGCUAAAAAAUUUGGGGGCUGAUGUGUCUCCUUUUGUCCUGGAUUUUUUGAGCAAAACUGUAAAUAGUUGGGGAGAUGUUGCUGAAACCAUACUAAGAGAUAUUGAUUGUGAUGAUGACCUUGGUGACAGCUGCACAACAUUGCCUUGUGGCUUUUUCUUGUUUGGAGAAAACGCAUCGGCUGCUGAAAGGUUGCAUGUGGUGGACGAGCAAACAUUCCAUUCUAGCCGACAUUUUUCUGACAUUUAUAUCCUGAUUGAGAUGUUAUCCAUACCUUGCCUUGCCGUUGAGGCUUCUCAAACAUUCGAGAGGGCUGUAGCUCGAGGAGCAAUUAUGGCCCAAGCUGUAGCAAUGGUUUUGGAAAGGCGCCUUGCUCAGAGAUUGAAUUUUAAUGCCAGAUUUGUUGCUGAAAAUUUUCAGCAUGCAGAUGCUAUAAUAGAGGGAGAAGCCAGUGAACAGCUACGAGUCCAACGGGAUGAUUUCACUGUUGUUCUUGGUCUUGCUGAGACACUGGCCCUUUCUAGAGACCUUUGUGUGAUGGGAUUUGUUAAGAUGCUAUACACGAUACUAUUUAAAUGGUAUGCCAAUGAGACCUAUAGAGGAAGAAUGCUGAAGAGACUUGUUGAUCGUGCCACCAGUACUACAGAUAAUAACCGUGAUGUAGAUUUAGAUUUGGAUAUAUUGGCUAUUUUAGUUUGCGAGGAGCAAGAAAUUGUUAAACCUGUUCUGAGCAUGAUGCGAGAGAUUGCUGAACUUGCAAAUGUUGAUCGGGCAGCACUUUGGCACCAGCUAUGUGCUAGUGAAGAUGAAAUCAUUCGUAUUCGUGAGGAGAGGAAAGCUGAAAAUUCCAGUAUGGCUCGGGAGAAGGCAAAUCUAUCUCAAAAAUUGAGUGACUCUGAGGCUACUAACAAUAGGCUAAAGUCUGAAAUGAAGGCCGAGAUGGAUCGACUAUCUCGGGAAAAGAAGGAACUUUCUGAACAAAUACAAGAAGUUGAGAACCGUCUUCAUGAUGCUGAGACACAGCUCUCCCAAUUGAAGUCCCGAAAACGGGAUGAAUUGAAGAGAGUAGUAAAAGAGAAAAAUGCUCUCGCUGAAAGGCUGAAGAAUGCUGAAGCUGCACGAAAAAGGUUUGAUGAAGAACUGAAACGGCAUGCGACUGAGAACGUGACUAGGGAGGAAAUCCGUCAGUCAUUGGAGGACGAGGUUCGGAGAUUGACACAAACAGUUGGGCAAACUGAAGGAGAGAAGAGGGAAAAGGAAGAGCAGGUUGCUAGGUGUGAAGCAUAUAUUGAUGGGAUGGAAUCAAAAUUGCAGGCGUGCCAGCAAUAUAUCCACACCCUCGAGGCUUCUCUUCAAGAAGAAAUGACCCGACAUGCACCUCUUUAUGGAGCUGGAUUGGAAGCUCUAUCAAUGCAGGAGUUGGAGACAAUAUCACGUAUUCAUGAGGAAGGUCUCAGACAGAUUCAUGCCCUUCAACAGCGCAAGGGGAGUCCUGCCGCCAGUCCUCUUGUGAGCCCCCACACCUUACCCCACAAUCAUGGGUUGUAUCCUGCUGCUCCACCUCCAAUGGCAGUUGGUUUGCCCCCGUCAAUGAUUCCCAAUGGUGUUGGGAUCCACAGCAAUGGACACGUGAAUGGAGCAGUUGGUCCAUGGAUCGCCUGUGUGGUUUUUGGCGGUUUGUUUUACUUGCAUCGCUUUUCUGAGUUCCAAUAUUUUUUUCUUAUUGAUAAUGAACUAGAGUUGUGUUCUGGGACAAAGUUUACAGAGAUUAUCUGGUCGACUUCUCUUGUUCAUCUGAGAGCUUUGAGAGAGAGGAGAAGAUUGCAAUCGUUAAAGAGAGGAAGAGGGUACGCAGUGAUGGGUUUCGAUGAAAAAGAAGAGAAACUAACAAUCGUAAGCAGCUACUGCGAUCUGCUUAGCAACUGCAAGUUGAGGCUCUUGGACGAGAUGCCAACUUUGUUUGAGAACAGAAACAGAUGGACCGUCGGUGUUGGCGGGUGGUUAAAGGAAGGAGAAUAUUCUGGGACUUAUGGGCGACAGCUAAUUGAUGAUCGAAAAAAAAGUCAUAUAGCCAUUGACCUCUUGAUAUUAAAACCAAAUUUCCAUCUCAGCCAAAAUGUUCAACAAGAGAAGACCAUACGGUAA